GGAGUCGCGUACAGAGAGGGGAUUAUCUAUAUGGGGUCCCGUCGUCUGUGAUGGUUCCUAUCAAUGCGUUAUUGUCGCAUUUACUUUCAUGAUAAUACGAGCCGCUUUUAAUUGACUCAAACACCCGAUUGGUGAAAUAUGUAAUUGACCCGGCAUUGUGUUCGAAAUUAUUCUAGUCGCAUUGUUUUAUGGAUUAUUUCCAUUUUUUCAGAUUUGCAAUGUCAGUAGAAUGCAGCUUGUCCACUCUGAUUUUGGCUGUGUUUGGAUGUAUUGUGAUUUUCUUAUUUUUGUUAAACACACUAUGGGGACUGAUGCAAGCAACUCGUGCCAUAUUAGCUCCGUUCUUUUUACCCCAGGAAGAAACAUCACUGAUUAAGAAAUACGGUCAAUGGGCAUUAAUUACAGGCAGCACAGACGGAAUUGGCAAAGCGUACGCUCAUGAACUUGCCAAAAGAGGACUGAACAUAGUUUUAGUGAGUCGAAGCACGCAGAAAUUAAACAGUGUCGCCAAGGAAUUAGAGACUGAAUAUUCGAUUAAAACCAAGAUUAUUUCCGCUGAUUUUUCUCUGGGGGCGCAAGCAAUCAAAAUAAUUAAACAAGAACUGGGCGUAUUAGACAUCGGAAUAUUAGUAAACAAUGUGGGGAAGCAGUACGACUACCCCAUGUACUUGGGGGAAGUCCCCGAGCGCGACCUGUGGGACAUCAUCAACAUAAACGUGGGGGCUGUGACCCUGCUAUGCCGUCUGUUCGUUGAAGACAUGAAGAGGAGAGGUCGUGGAGCAAUCGUGAACGUAUCGUCCGGGUCUGAGCUCCAACCCCUACCUCUAAUGACCGUUUACGCAGCAACAAAAGCCUACAUAAAGAGCUUCACGGCUGCUCUUCGAUACGAAUACGCCAAACACGGCCUUACGAUCCAACACCUCUCACCUAUGUUUAUAAACACCAAAAUGAACAAUUUCAGCCAAACAUUGCGAGAAUCCAGCACUUUCAUCCCAGAUGCCAGCACUUAUGCAAGACAUGCUGUCAGCACCUUGGGGAAAAUGGACGAGUCGACGGGUUACUGGGCCCACGGAAUACAAUACUUUUUCACGAGUAUUCCCCCGGUGUGGAUACGGAUGUACAUCGGUGGUUACAUGAAUAAGAUCUUCAGGAAUGAAUAUUUUACAAUAAAAAACAAAAUGUAAUUUGAAAAAAGUUCUUUAUUUUCGUGUUAUUUGUGUUACAAACAAUUAACUUAAUUAAAACUGAGUUAAAAUAAAAUUUAAUUUUACUAAAACA